GUAAAAUUAUGGGUAAUGUCCAAAUGAAUAAUGUUGGUAUAAAGGGCCAAUUUUCUAAAGAAUUACCUUCCAUACAUGGCUCUGCAGAUACUAAUGAUGCCAGUCUAUCUAAUAAAGAUGCUCCGCUACCCAAUUGUCUAAAAUUGCGUUCUGUUCGGGGGUUCUCUAUCACUGUUAAUCGUUUCUUUAUAAUUACAAUUUCAAUUUUCAAUAAUUUUAUGGAACUAUUAAAGCCUUCACACACCACUACAGAUCCAAAAAAUAGACUAGGCAAGUCUUUUGACAUCCCUCGUCAAGCUAGUCGUAAACCUACCGUCAUUACCGUACCGACUUACGAAGAAAUUGAGGCCAAUGUUCCAAAACCAGUAUAUGAACUUCCACCUCCAAAACCUUUAAAACCAAUUCCUCCACCUGAGCCAAUUCCCGGAGCGACAAUACUUGCUCGAGCUUGUGCUGGGCGAUUGGAUAAAGAACAAUGGUAUAAUCAAUCUAAUCCAAAGUCAGCACCCACCUGGGAAGAAUACAUUAAGAUGUGUGAUCAGUCAACUAGGAAUAUUAUAUGUUCUUCUAUUCGUCAAGAUUGUCAAGAUACGGAUAACUUAGCAAAGAAAAGGCUGCGAAUGCCUGAUAAUAAGGAUAAAACAAAGUCAAAUUUUAAAAUAGCAUUUAUUAAGAAAUGGUGUGGAGAAAAUCAAAAUGAUAGUGAUGAGGAUUCUAUUGAUGAAAAUGACGAUGUAUGCCUUAUUGAACCAAAUGAAAAGUAUCCUAUUAAUAUAAAUGAUUUCGACCAUCCUAUCGAACUAGAUAAAGAAUAUCCUAACGACAUAAAUGAUUUUGAUCAUCCUAUCGAACUAGAUAAAGAAUAUCCUAACGACAUAAAUAAUUUUGAUCAUCCUAUCGAGCUAGAUAAAGAAUGUCCUAACGACAUAAAUGAUUUUGAUCAUCCUAUCGAAUUAGAUAAAGAAUAUCCUAACGACAUAGAUGAUUUUGGUCAUCCUAUUGAACUAGAUAUAGAACAUUCUAAUGAUACUAGGAACAUUGAUCAUCCUAUUGAACUAGAUAUAGAACAUUCUAAUGAUACUAGAAACAUUAAUCAUCAUAUUGAAGUGGAAGAUAACGAGUUUAUGAAUAAUGCUUCGAUAAUACAAAAAAAUAAUGAAAUAUACGCUGAAGAUUUUUCGGACCGCACCAGCUUUGGAUAUAAACCCUAUAGCGGUUCUUCGCAGGAGUCUCAAGAAGAGAACGAUGACUAUGAUGAACUUUCUAACCGAGACUUCAGAGAUGGAGAUGAGCCACCAAAUAAACGUCAAAUAUUGACGUAUGAUUCAAAUUAUACACAAGCUCAAGAUUGCAACGAUGAUAAUGUCGAAUCAAUUGAAUAUAUAAGUGACACAGAAAAUGAUGCCAUGCGAUUACGAAGGAGAAUUAAAAAAACUCAAUUAACGAUUACACCUGAUAUGGACUUUUUUGAACGUCUUAAAAUCAUUGCACCUGAAGCAGCUGCAUUAUAUCAUGAAAUGGAGAUUGUAGAGGAAUCAGUGGAUACCGAUCAAGCUAACACCAGUCGUGUUAAAACUCCAUACGAUAAUAAGAUAUGGUUCGGAAAAGAUACAGAAAAAUUUUAUAAAUUGGUGGCGCAGUGGGGAUAUAAUUAUUCCAAAAUUGCAGAUUUGACUGGGAGGACUGUCACCCAAAUUCGAAAAAAGUUCAUAAAAGAGAAUAAGUUGAAUUUCAAGCGACUCGAUGAUGCUGUUAGAAAAAAAAAUGAAUUUUCUGGUUAUAAAAAAUUCAAAUAA